AUGGAGUCCUCUUCGUAUAUGACGUGUGCUUUGAAGGUGGAUACUCAAACUCCUGGAUGGCAUAAAGCAAUGAUCAAAGUUUUGGGCAGCAUCCAAGGAGUGUCCUACAACAUUGACGGCCAACAAGGGUUGGCAUAUGUGUCUGGUAACAUAGACCCAGCCAUACUUCUAAAGAUGCUAGCAAAAACAGGAAAACAUGCAGAAUUGUUUUGGGUGGAUUCCAGACGUCAACAUAGAAACAACCAAAACCCACUUGUACAAGGAGAUGUUUCCCACUACCAUGACUAUGGGAAUAGAAAUUAUGCAAGAAUGGGGUAUUACCAUGGAAAUAGCUAUGGAGAUCAUGGCCAACACGGAAUGCUGGGCUAUGACUACGGGAAUAACCAACUUGGAAGACUGGCUUACUAUUGGGAUGAUCCUCAUAGGUUAUUCCCUUAUAAUGAAGUAGUACAACACUACCCACGCUCUGAGAUGGUGUCUCAUGAUUCCCAUCCGACCUCACCGCACGAGGAGACCAUUCACAAUUACAACCAAACGGCUCCAGCUCCAGUGCCGAUGGCUAACAAACAAAGUGAAAAGAAGCUGGUUAAGUGCUGUAUGAUGUGA